GCCCAUGCUGAAAAAGAAAACAACUAGUGGGACUCUGUAUUCUGGUGUGAUGAGACCAAGAUAAAUGUUUUUGGAACUGAUGGCUUCAAAACUGUAUGGUGUUGCAAAGGUGAGGAGUACAAAGAAAAAUGAAUGGUGCCUACAGUGAAGCAUGGUGGUGGUGGCAGUGGCCUACUGUGGGGCUGCGUGAGUGCUGCUGGUGUUUGGGAGCAUUUCAUUGGUGGUAUCAUGAAUUUACAGAUGUACUUCUCUAUAUUGAAACAGAAGUUUUCCAACAUGGCAAUGAUCCAAAACACACAUCUAAGGCCACUGUUGCAUUUCUG